AUGUGCCCUUUGGCCAACUGCAAACUAAUGAGCCAUCGCCUAUAUGAUCCGACAUCGGCCAAGCAGCCGGUCAAGGUCAAGGUGCCGCGAAAGAAGCAGCCGGAACAGAUCCCUGGGGACAUCGGCCGAGAUGGAGUGGAUGGCCUCCCACAGAUCCCAGUCGACGACCCGCUUAAUUCCGAGCUUCGAGUGCUCUUCCAUCAUUUCUUCAACUCGGUAUUUGAUCGGCUGGCGGGCAUAUUUCGAGGGCCACUGCUCGCGCCGGGGUACAAGAGCCGCAUGCUGGAGGUGGCCUUGACCAACCGGGCGUAUUGUAUGGGCAUCAUCACUCAAGCUCAGACCGACAUGGCGAUUUCCAGAUGCACUUUUGCUGAGACACGAGAGUCACUGGACCUCUAUACCAAGUUGAUUAACAUUUUCCGCAACCAGCUAGCCGCCAGCACUACCCAGGGCCCACCCAACCCUCUGCAUAUCGAAGUCGCUCUCCUGGUCCUAUGUGUGCUCUUAUCAUACAAUGUCACUCGUGGGAGAAUCAGCGAACUCAACAUGAACUGGACAGCCAUGCGACAUCUCGUCAAUAUCCGGGGCGGCGUCCAUAACCUGACCGUGGCUCUCGCGUACGUUGUCCAUGUCGACAGGGUCUGUGCAACCAUGCUGGGUACCCACCCAACCUAUGUGAGUCCUUCGCCACGACUACAUCCGUUCAACCGUCCUCCCUGGGCGACAUACAGUCCGGGGUUUGUACGACUAGAAGCCUCGCAGGGUCAUCUGGCCACCGGCCCUGUCCUCGAGCACUGCUUGAACACCUGUGAGCUCCUGUCGUUGUACGACGCUGUUCACCGAGCUCCAUCAUCGGAGGACCAUGCCAGUGUACCGUCGCCUCCUAGUCCUGAGUACCUGUACUACCUCCGCGACAGGGUAGAUGAGCAGUUUGCGAUUUUGUAUGCGGAAAUGCUGAACCAGAACACCCCCUCAAAGUGCAUCUUGAUGGCAACCCGGAUCGUUGAGUACCCUGUAACAUGGGCCAACUACGUCCCUUCUCUGACCAUGGAUCUGUGUGCCGAGUUGUGUGCGUUGCUCCGCAGCCAGGACUUGUUCGAUUUCUGGUCGGGUGCUCUCGAUGUCCUCAGUUGGAUCUUUUUCGUGCUGGCGACGAGUCCGUGGCCAUUUGCGGGCCGGGAGUGGGCAGUGACCUGCCUUCAAGGAAUCAUCGGGGCCAAGUACGGGGCGGCGCAAUGGCCGAAAGACUGGUGGAAAGAGGAGCUUGCGAACGUGAAGAAUUUUGCAUGGUUUGAGACCAAACAAUCGUCCAGCUUCAGACAGGCGUGCAACGAGCUCGAGGCUGGAACCCGUCGCGAGUCUCUGCCAGAGAACGAGAACGGCCCGAAGCCGAAAAUCGAGCCCGAUGCUGAGCCGGCGCAAGAGAAGGGGAUAUAA